AUGAUGUGGUCCAACUUUUUCCUGCAAGAGGAAGACCGGCGGCGGCGGGAGGCGGCGGGCCGGCGGCGGGCCCGCGGGCAGCAGCAGGCGCGGCCGACGCCCGAGCGCGAGGCCAAGGUCAAGCUGGGGCUCCUGCUGAGCGCGGUGGGCGCCGCGCUGUCGGUGCUGGCCGUGGGCACCGAGUUCUGGGUGGAGCUCAACACCUACAAGGCCAACGGCAGCGUGGUGUGCGACGCCGCCCACCUGGGGCUGUGGAAGAUGUGCACCAGGCGGCUGUGGCAGGCCGCCGUGCCCGCGGGCAGAGACACCUGCGGCCCCGAGCAGCUGCCCGGAGAAGCAAACUGCACCUAUUUUAAAUUCUUUACCACUGGGGAAAAUGCACACAUCUUCCAGAGAACUACAAAGAAAGAGGUGAACCUGGCAGCUGCCGUGAUAGCAGUGCUAGGCUUGGCAGUCAUGGCCCUGGGGUGCCUCUGUAUCAUCAUGGUGCUCAGCAAAGGUGCAGAGUUCCUGCUCCGAGUUGGAGCCAUCUGCUUUGGCCUCUCAGGUCUGCUGCUCCUGGUCAGCCUGGAGGUGUUCCGGCAUUCCGUUCAAGCCCUGCUCCAGCGAGUCAGCCCCGGGCCUCCCCCAGCCCCAGCCCUGACCUACGAAUACUCCUGGUCCCUGGGCUGUGGCGUGGGCGCCGGCCUGGCCCUCCUGCUGGCCGGCGGCUGCUUCCUCCUGCUCACGCUGCCUCCCUGGCCCUGGGGCUCCAUCUGCCCCAAGCUGGGGCACAGGGCCCCCUAGACCCACCAGGGUGCCUUCUCGAAGCUCCUUCCUUUUCUUCUUUUUAUCCCGCAAAAUCCUUUCCCUUUGUCCUGGAGAAACCGUGUUCUCCCUGCUGCGGGGCACACGUGGUUUGCACAAACAUCCCUCUUCUGUGAAUAUGUUCUUUCCCUCCUCCUUUCCCUCUGUGAAUAUGUUCUUCUCGGUGGCUGAAUCAGGAUGCUUGGGGGUGCGAUGGGGGAGAGGCUUUUUGCAAACGAGGGUCCCCAAGGGAAGGCUU